AUGGCACAAAAGCUCUGUUGUGAUGAUGCAUGGAACAUGCAGUCAGGGCUCCCCCCAGGUGCUACAUUACUUGGGACAAUACUAUCUUCAGACAAGAUGAAUAUCUCAGUUCUGACGGGCAAUCAUGUUGCACACCCACUCCUUGUCAGCCUUGCAAAUAUCUGCAUGAACACCCAACUUAAAUCAUCAUCCAACUCCUUCAUGCUCACUGCCCUGCUGCCGGUCACAAAGUUUCUUCAUAAGAAUAAGUGCAUGUGUGGCGUAUUGGCAGAUUGCCUUGUUCAUCAAUGCCUUAAUAUUGUCUUAAAACCGCUUAAGGAGGCCGCUCUACAUGGCGUGAUGCUCUUGAAUCUUGUCGGACAGAGCUGCUAUUGUUUCACUCCACUUGCAAGUUAUAUUGUCGAUACUCCCGAAGCCAUGAUGUUGGCCUGCAUCGGUGGAAGGACCUCUCCGGUCACCAUGGCCAUGUACAAACAAUUUGGAGAUUCCUUUCGCCAUGAACCUCGCACGGCAUCAACCAUUCUUGCACAAAUAUCUAUUGUUCGAACACGAGCCAAUCCAUCAGAUCUACAGGCCUUCUUUUGUGAAGCGCAAAAAUUCCAUUUGAAUGGUGUCUUCAAGCCAUUUUGGCUGGGCUGGGUGCUUACAGAUCCCUCCCGCUUCUUCACACCUGAGACACUCCACUCACCAUCCAUCGACAAGAACGACUUAGUGCGCAUCUCGGCAGCAUUGAAUGAAUUUCACGCCAACAAAGAUGCAAUCAUUGAUGCCAGGGUUCGUCGUGGCAAGGCCAACAAAGUGAUCAGCAAUUGGUACAUACCGAAACUGGAGCUUAUGCAGAGUGUUGUGCCUAGCAUUAGGAACUCUGGAGUCACGGCUCAGUGGUCCACAGAUGCUACUGAGCAUGCGCAUAUCACCGAGAUCAAGGACCCGGAAAGAUCAAAUGAGAAGCAGAAUAUCAAAGUAUUAGCUGAUGCAGCAAGGAGUCAUAUGGACGACGAGGACAUUGACGACAUUGAGUUGGAUGACGAUGUACCCAUUGAGUUCUUGUCUAUGAUUCAACAUGGUCGUUCGCGUCCAAUCACGAAUUAUUUCACAAUUGCCCAGGUACUGCAGCACAAACCUGUGGGCUCCAUACCCCUACCAUUGCGUUCCUUUGUCACUGGGCGCAUUGCCUUUCAUUUGGCCUAUGACCCUUCCAUCCGAAACAUCAGUAUUGAUGAUGUCACCCUCAAAUUUAACCAGCCAGAUUUGCGACCAGCACAAUCCGAUUUUCUGCAUCAUGAGGUCAGUUCCAAAUGUGACCACAUUCAUGCAAUAGGCGGCCCUAGGAGAGCCAGACCUAAUGCUGUGCUUCCUUUCGAGAAGGUUCAAGUAUGGUUCAAACUUUGCUUGCAAGAUACAGAGUUCAUGAUGUUCGCAAUAUUCGACCAGUCCAGACUAUCAAUUGCGCACCGCCAAGUGAACCUUGGACACACAGGACAUUAUGAUUCAAUCAUUGUCAGCACCAAAGCAGAACACUCGUGGCCUACUAGCGGUCUUCAAGGCACGUCACAACUUAUCUGUCCUUCUCCAAUGCUCGUAAUUAACCUCAUCCCUCAGGACACACUGUCGCCCAAGUGA